CACCUGAUUUGCCUUGUCCUCAGCUAACCACCUUGGGCAAGUAAGCGAGCAAGUCAGAAAGCCACCGAACAGAGCAAGGUCACUUCACGCCAUUACCUUCUUCUCUCCAAGAACUCGAGUAGAUUGGGCAGGAGAUUAAGAUCCUGGCCAGCUUCGUCUCCAAGAAUUCGACGCUCUGGUUCAGGAUGUCGGUGGAAUUCCUGACGAAAGCGCUCACGGCGCUGUUCGGGUAUGCUAUGCCGGCGUUGGAGUGCUUCAAGGCGAUCGAGCAGCGGCCUGGUCGGACGGACCAUCUCCGGUUUUGGUGCCAAUAUUGGAUCAUACUAGUAAUCCUCGUCAUAUUCGAUGAUAUCGCUGGUGUCCUCACCUCCAAGAUACCAAUGUACUCUGAACUCAGACUCGCCUUCCUCGUCUACCUGUGGUACCCCCAGACAAGGGGAACUGACAUCGUGUACGACACCUUCCUGCGGCCGCUGGUGAUGCAGUACCAGCCCAACAUCGAGGAGCGGCUGCGCUACCUGCGUGCCAAUGCCGGCGACAUUCUCAUCUUCUACCUCAAGAACUUCACCGAUAGGGGCUACGAUCUCUUCCUCCGGGGGAUGGAGUACAUCCGGUCCCAGACGUCACGAGGCUCAAGAACGAGGCGGUGGUUCUCGUUCGGAGGCGACCGGGCAGAGAGGUCGAGCUACGUUGAUGAUUAUGUCGCCGGCGGUGGCGAUCGGAGGAGCACGGCGAGGCACCGGCGACCCCGCGACGAUUACUAACGGGCUGGACCGGCGCCAUAGGGAUUCAGUAGAGAGAGGUGCACAGGAUUGGAAACUAGUUGAUUAGGAGUGACAAAAUUUAAAAGGCCCAAAGCAAAACUUCUCAAAAACAUGAUGUGUAUAUAUAUAUAGACAGGUGAUCACUGAUCCAUACUCUGGUAUAUAUAGCUCCUCACAAUUUGGCGUUGCA